AUGAUUCCUGAUGUGUCCGAGCUUCCGCCGGCGGGUGCCUAUCGAGGCCGGCUCUUGGGGCCUAGGGAGCUGCUCGCGAGAAGUGGCUGCCACGCCCUGUCUCCGCCGCUACAUCCCAAGGUCCAGGAGCUGCACACUGCUAUUCCUGGAGAUCCGGACUAUUCGAGACACCGGAUGCAGCUCUCUCGAUCAGCCGAGCCCCACGUGCUGGAGGCCACCGUGACUUUGGACUUGGCAGCUGGGUCACGGCCUGCUGGUGUGGGAGGCUUCUUCCAAACAGCGAAGCACCGCGCCGAAUUCAAGCAGCAUGCUGUCCUGGCCUCGCACGGCAGUUUCGAAAGAUGCACCGUGGAGAAGGACCUGCAUACCAGGGUCAUCAGCAGGCUACCUCGGCCUUUCGGCGGGAUUUGGAGCGUCACGAUCCCAGCACAUGCAGCAAGGUUCUGGGCACGUGUGACGGCACAGCUCCAAGAGCGGCUGGCCGUACCUGCCAACAAGUCCGGGCUGAGACGAGAUUACUGGGACAGACAUGGCGUCCGGGACUUUAAGACGGAGCCUUGGCACUGGGACACACCGCCCAAGCCGGGUGCCCGAACAACAACCGGGACCCGCAAAGCGGCCAUGAUAAUGCCAGUUCCGCCACAGCCAAUGUGCCCAAAGGAGACACGGGUGAGUGUGAGUUAUGGCCUUGGGCUUUCACAUGAUGACCAGGGUCGGGACAUUGUCAGGUUGAAAUCCUCCGCUGUGUCGCAUGAUGUCCCAUACGGAGACCAUUUCAGCGUCGAGGAGAACAUUGAGAUGGUUCGUGAGGGUGACGGCGUCCUCGUCACGAAAUCAUUCUCUGCGGAUUUCGUCAAACGCACGUUUUUGCGGUCGAUGAUCGAGUCCAGCAUCAAGAACUCACAAAAGGACACUUGCGAGAAGCUCAUGAGCGUCCUUCAGAGCUAUGCUGAGGAUAUGUCCCCUGUCAAUGUCGGAUCGCCGACUUCAUGCACUCCAAGACCGAGGUCGUCCAAUUCAGGGAUCUUCGGUAUGAUAGACGACGACGAAAGCAGCAUGGAGGAUGCAGUAUCUAUUGGCGAUGAUGGAUUCGAGUCGGCUGAAGAAGAUCCCGUCAUCUCCGCAGCUUUGGCUGGGACGGACGAUGAUAUGGAUGGCAGCCUCGUGUCGGCUCUUCCGUCCAUAGUUGAUUUCCUGGGUGACCUUGGAGACACCAUCACAAGCAUUGCUGCAAACACGUGGGUCAAGCACAAUGCCAUCAAAUCGGUGGACCUUCGAUGUGAGGUCUGGGAAGUGCAGAGGAGAACCACGAUGUUCCAUGAAGAUUGGCGAGCUCCCUUCCUUCCACACGAUGGGCAGAAGCAAGCGCGAUGGGUCGACACAAGGUUCCACAAGCAUCCCUGGCUUCUCGCGAAAACCAGCGUCAGUGCUGCAGCCGCAGUUCCACCGCUGGAACCGCCACCGGCCAUGAGGGAAAAGGGCGAAUGGGCCGUUAGCCCGGAUGGUCCUGCCGACAAGGAUGGCUGGCAGUAUUCGACCGAUUUCCACCGGACGGUCUCCAAAUGGGGAGCCAAAUCAACGAUCGGGCUGUGUCGGAAACGGCGCUGGGAGUGCAGCUUUGUCCGUCAGCCUUGCUUGCCCAACCCACGGAUCGUCAAAGUGCAGAUGUGGGAGCUACAACGGAGGACCACAAUUUUUCAGAGCGACUGGCGUGCACCUUUCCUGCCCCACGAUGCUUUGCGUCAACGCUGGCGGUGGGUAGAUUUGGACUUCAACAUCCACCCGUGGAGCCAUUCGGAUCCGAGCACAUUCUCCUCCGCAGAAAAGCCUCCCCUUCAAGCACCAGAUGGCUGGGAGGCUGAAGGCUGGGUGGUCGCCGAGCCCACAGGAACCUGUGAUCCGGCGCGGUGGCAAUAUUCCACAGACUUCAACCGAUCCGGCAAUCGCUGGGGCAGUAAUUCGACCGGGAUGAGCUGCCGAAGGCACCGAAUCGGGGGCUUGCAUCCAGCACAGCUCUGGCCAUGGAAUAACUCAUCAGCGAUAUGCCCCUGA